AUGGCCCUCUCUCCAGAUGGUAAGCAGAUCGUCUCAAUCUCUGAUAUAAAUAUCAAGCUUUGGGAUGCGGUGACAGGCCGCCACCAGAGGACAAUAAUUUGCCCCUCUGAUUUUGCAUCGGCUGUUGCCUUCUCUCCAGAUAACAGGCAUAUCAUGUCAAGCUUCAAUGAAAACAUCAGGUUUUGGGAUGCUGCAACAGGCAACCACCAGAAGACACUAGGCCACGCCGAGUGUGUGACAGCAAUGGCUUUAUCCUUUGAUGGCAAGCUGAUCGUGUUAGGUUCUGAUAACAAUACUAUCAAAAUAUGGGAUGCUACUUUAAGCGAUGACUACCAAAAGAAACUGAUAUACCACUCUGCUAGCGUGGUAGCCGUGGCUUUCUCCCCGGACGGCAAACGAGUCGUGUCAAGCUCGGAGGAUAACACUAUCAAGCUUUGGGAUGCCGCGACAGGCGACUACCAGAAGACAUUCGAAGGCCUUACUAAAAAUGUGAAAGCCAAGCUGAUCGAGAGAGACCCGCUUUGGGUUAACAACAAAAAGCUUUGGAACUCCAUGAUAGACGAACACCACAAAACGACACUAAUAGACCACUCUGAUAAGGUGGCAGCCGAGGCCUCUCUGAAUAACAAGCAGACUGUCUCAACCUCUUUUGAGAACACCAUCAAGCUUUGGCGGACUGUGGCGCACGAGCAUCAAAAGACACUAGUACCCAAACCAGACUGGGUAUUUGCCAUGGCCUUCUCGCCAAAUGGCGAGCAAAUCGCGUCAAGUUCUAACAACAACAUCGAACUUUGGGAUACUGCGACAGGCGAGCAUCAGAAGACACUAUUAGGCGACUCCGGAUUGGUGUCAGCUGUGGCCUUCUCUGCGGACGGCAAGCAGAUAGUGUCAAGUUCCAAGGAUAGGACUAUCAACCUUUGGGAUCUAAGGUCAUUUUUCAAAGCCUCGAAAUAUCCUGGACGGGUCAUUGACCGUCGUUUGAAGCUUCCUCCAUGGCGCGUAAUCAAGACGCCUGAGAAUGUCACCACCGUCAAAUUCUCACCAGAUAACCGCUUUAUCAUCACGAAUAUUGGUCCUAUAUGGCUUGAAGCUCGUCCAGCGGAUGAAAAAAGCGCUAUCUUUGAAUCAUUGCGAGUUGCGUAUCCUUCGACUACUCCCUGA